UCGGGCGCGUGUAGACAAAAUGUACGAGUCAUUUGUCAACAUCCAAUUUUGUUUUUUGUACCUACUGGAAAAAAUUUUAUCGAUACGGUAUUCUGUAAAGGCAAAAGUCCAUGAAACAAAAUAAGAACCGGACAAAAAAUAGUAGAGUCGAUUUCAUUGUUUUUUUUGGAUAUCCGAAAAAAAACUGAAAAACAAAUUACUUGAAGAUUCUAAAUUGGAUUACUGAAGGUAUUGUCCUUUUUAUACGGUAAUAUGCAUUAAAGAAAAUGCUUGUCUGACAGAUAUUAACAUUACAACUACUUUUUCUUGGUCCUUUUUUGGUUGAAAUAUAUGUUUAGUGUUAAACAAGUAGACAAGAGAAGAGGCGUCCAAGGGAUUAGCAUUGGUGAUUUUUUUCUUAUGUCAAGAAAGGAAGCGAAAAAAAGAGGUUGAUUAAAAGGAAGACUUUACAGAAGCCAUGAUCAUUUCGGAAUCGUACAUGUGGUUUUCAAACAAAUCCAUUUUAUGACCGAGGAACCAAAAUGGCGUCAUCACUUACAGCGAUAGGUUUCAUUUGGUCUGUUUUAUCAAUCGUAGCCGCAAUAUUGUGCUGUUCCGGAUUUUAUUUGCCCUUCUGGAUCCAGGGGCGCUUGUUAGGGAAAGUGGAUGCAUACUUCAGCUCUUUCAGACGGUGCAACUAUCCCUCCGUCAACUCCCGAGGGACUGUCGAGAUAGUCGAAGAAUGUGGACGUUACACCAGCUUUUGGGAUAUACCAAGUCAUUGGUGGCAAGCAAGUACGAUCCUGGUGGGGACCGGAAGCGCCCUAAGUCUUCUUAUAGCGGUUACGGCCACUGCAGCAUGCUGCUUGACAUAUGUCAUUCACGCCUACACAGCAAAAUUUGCAGGGUCUUUGCAACUCUUUGCAGCUCUACUAAUCCUCGCGGGAACAGCAGUGUAUCCAGUGGGAUGGGAUAAUCGAGAAGUGCGAGAAUCCUGCGGGAAUACGAGCCAUAUCUACAAAUUAGGAUCUUGUCAAGUUGCUUGGUCGCUAUAUUUAUUGGCAGCUGCGAUCCUGCUCCUAAUAGUGUGUUUCGGUCUAAGUUUUUGGACAUCUCGGGUGGGAGUCGGGUCGUUCCGGAUCUGAGUAUACAGCGCAGGCGCGCUGCCAAACAUCAACGCAAGCGCGCUAUUAUCAACAACAUAGGAACGAAACAAUUCGACCAAUCGCAAAGCGUCGUGGAUGUGGAUAAUGUGACGUCAGUCAGUGAACAUGCCCGAAAGGUUACGAUUGGAUCCGAUUGCUUACUACUCUCACCCGCUAUGCUAGCCUUGGAUGGGUGUCGGUUCGAUGAAUUACCGAAGUGUUUAAAACAGGCUGAUGCGAAAUUUUGAGUUUAUUUCAAAUGGAAUGUAGCAUACAAAUGUAAUAUACUAUAAAUAUAAUUAGAUCUAAAAGAA